GGGUGGCCUUACAGAGACAAUCAUUGACACCCAUGUUCACACCAUGCCACCCAUCUAUGCUAUAGCUGAGAUAUUUCUGUCUGGUUUGCUCAGUUGACUUAAGUAUGGAACCUCAAUCCUGUGACAACAGUUGGUUAGAUUUAAUGGAUAAAACUCAAUUUGAUUUUAGACCUUUGACUCAAAGUCAUAAUUAUUGCUUAGUUUACAAAUGGAACAAAUUCAGUUUUGUUUAAUCCAAACGUAGUACCACUAGGCACAAACGUCUCCCUGUAAAUUCAGCACAAGCUGAACUCUUUUUAGGUUUAAUUAAGCCUAAUCAGUCUCUUCAGCUUCAGCUGCUGUAUCAACGACCUGCAGACCUGUCAGUAAACCUGCACAUCUCCUCAGAGCUGCUGUAAAAUUUAGAAAAACAUGACUUUUCAUCUUAAAACCACAGCUCGACUCUUUGACCUGCACUGCUCUGUCGGCCUGACAGACUGGGACAUGGACAAGGAGCUGAAACUGGCAACGACCACCGACCAGUUUUACCAUGAUGACAAAUUGAAUGAUCAGUAUGUCAUCCAGAGGCCUUCUGCGAGAGCCUCGAGAAGAAAAGACGAAUUCAUUUGGUAUGAUAAAACAUCAGACACCUUUGUGAAGCCAAACCUAUGGCUGUUAGUGAAUCCUGACAUUGCCUGCCCAAUCCAGCACAGCAAAAAUGCAGCAGACCUGCAGGCUCUCUGUGAACCUGCAGAGGAAAUCCAAACACCUCUGCUGAAUCCUGCACAGACUCAACAUCCACCUAUAGCAGAGCUCCGUGUGUUUUCUCCCCAUGAUGCUCCUCUCCAGGAGGAAGUGCUGCAGCCUGUUUCCUCCUCCACUGACUACAGGAUCAAAGAUAAAGAAGUCUCCUGUCGACCGACCAAAAACAGACGCAAGGGGAGAACCACCAAAGCCAGGGUGAGGAUACAUGGCCUGACCCAGGUUCCUUCAGACAGUAAGAUCCUGAAGCCGGGAUGCUGGCCUCGUCCACCAGUGAAUUACUGCAUCCUCAUCGCCUUGGCACUCAAGAACAGCCACACCGGGAGCCUCAAAGUGCAGCAAAUUUACAGCUUCACCAGAGAGCACUUCCCCUUCUUUCAGACAGCUCCAGAUGGCUGGAAGAACACUAUCCGACACAACCUGUGCUUCAACAACAGCUUCCGCAAAACCUGCAACCAGCUGUGCAGAGAUGGAAAGAGGAAGUCUUGCUUUUGGCACCUGACUCUGGACGGCCAACACCGGCUAAAGGACGAGCUCUGCACGCUGACGGGAGAAUCCCUCAAGCAGCUGGAGAGGAGCAUGUCUCACCCAGAAAUAAUUCGGAGUUUACUUGCGCUGUGACAGCAGCUGUAAAGGUAUCAGACUUAAAAUCGAUGCAUAAUAAAUCGAAUAUACAAAA